UCGCAAGUAGAGGAAGAGCUUGUCUUCGUUGGAUUAGGCAUUCUCACCGCUUGCAGCUGGAUCAAAGCGUCUACCAUCCACAUUGCUUUGCGACUAGGAAGGAUGGUGCGAUAUCAGCACCUGGCAGUCAAAACUGCCUUGGUCCUUGGACUGCAAGCUGUCUGCACCAAUGCAGCCCCUACGGUGAACGUAGCACUCAAAACUUCAUUCAACUCGGCUCCGUAUCUAGUAGAACUAUUUGCGGCCGCUUACUUUCCACUACUCGACCGAAUCGCCGAAGGCCACUUCGAUCAUGCCUCGACGGACCAAGAUCUCUAUAACCUAUUCAAGAAGACGCUACAAGAAGAAGGACAUCUCGCCAAAGCAGAAGACAUCUCUUCGUUCGACUACGCCUUGUCUAUACAUGCUGCUGCANNCCCCAAGAUUGAGGCACAUUAUCAGUUCUACAACACCACAGUAGAGCCUACGCUCAAGAACCGGUUGGACAGGAGCUGUGAGACUUGGUUACACUUCAAUGGCCAACAAUAUUGCGAUGCCGAUCUGUCGAGCUCAUCAGGGAACUCAGUAGAUCAGGAGUAUGCCAAAGACUGUUCUUUACAUGAUCGCCAGAAUGCUGACGUUUUGCAGNNCCGCAUACUAGACCUUCCAUUUGAUCGCAUCAUGGGUGAUAAGCAGAGCAAGACGCCUGCUAUCCUCUACGCAGAUCUUAUGUCUCCUUCUUUCCGCCAGUUCCACAAAACAGUCAGUCUGACCGCCAAGUCUGGAAAGACAUCAUACAGAGUGAGAUAUAGACCUUCUUUAAGCGUGCCUGGAUUCCCGCUUGCUGUUAGUGGAUACGGUAUAGCGCUCGAUUUGAAGAGGACCGAUUACAUCGUCAUUGACGACCGCAAGGCCGAUGACUCGGAUGAUACAGACAACAAUGCUUCUAGCGCUGAGUUGACAGACGAAGAUGUGACUGAUCUCAAACCACUAUCGUCCAAAGAGUUGAUUAGACUGGACAUGAGAGCGUCUAGCUUUGUCAUGGACAGUGCAGAUCCAUUCGAGACUUUGUUGAAACUCACCCAGGACUUUCCGAAGCACUCAGCAGCCAUGUCUACUCAUGAAGUCUCCGAGCAGUUCAGAAUGGAGCACCUGGCCAACCGUGAAGUCUUCUUGCCAUCGGGAUACAAUGUCAUCUGGGUGAAUGGUCUCCAGAUUCUGGCUCGUGACUUUGAUGCUUACGCUAUGCUCGAGCACUUGCGCCGUGAGCGCAAGUUGAUCAAUAGUGCUAGCGAGCUUGGCCUGACUGGAAGGGAGGCUGUGCAGCUCUUGUCACAUUCUUCAAUCUCAGAAGCUGCCUCAACUCAGGAGCUCCAGCGUUAUGACUGGAGAGAUGAGCUUGAAGGUGGCAAAGUUAUCAUCUGGAUGAAUGACAUCGAGCAUGACAAACGAUAUGCUGAAUGGCCAUCCCAAGUAAAAGCACUUUCGUCCAGUCAAGGCCGGAAACUUUCUGGUCCAGUGCAGUCCGUCUUUGAAGGUGCGACCAAGGUUAGUAAGCUCCGUAAGGAUCGCAUUGCAGCACCUUUGCAAGAGGUGUUGCAGAACGAUGACUUCAACACACGCGUUGCAUCUGCACAAAAGUAUCUUGUCCGUCUAGGUGCAUCUGGAUCCACUCCACCUUUCUUUGUCAAUGGUAUUCCUCUGCCAAUGUCCGAUGAAUGGCUCCAAGAGAUGAGCCAACGCGUGAGCACCGACCUGCGUACUGUACAGAAGGCCGUCUUCGAGAACGAACUCGAUGAUGAGAGCUACGUUCCUGAAGUGUUCUUGUCUCGUGCAUCCACUCGUCGUAAUCCCUGGAUCAUUCCUGAAGAUGAAAACAGUAUUCGACAAGUCAAUCUGGCAUUCAUCUCAGACCUGACUGAAGGAGGAAUCGGGUCGAUACCCAGCUUGCCGGCCAGUAAGGAUACCGUCUCGAACGAUCUUGUCCACCUUGUCGUCAUUGCAGACUUUGACUCGGAAUCUGCUCAGCGUUUGCUUUCCGAACUUAUUGCCUUGCGCAAAGAAGAAUACGACCAAAUUGAGAUUUUACUCGUUCACAGCUCUGUUGAGCCACUGUCGACUUCAAGCUUUGCGGCUGAAUUGUUCAAGACCAUGAUCCAGGGUCCUGUUGUCACAUUGGAUGCCUUGGACGCGCUGAUAUCGAAGGAUAAGGUUGCCGUUUCCGAAGAUGAUGUUGUCGCAGCUCGGGCUUUCUGGUCAUCGGCUGACAGAUUCCUCGACGAUGUUGGCUUCAGCAACGGCGAACAAGGUAUCAUAUUGGCAGGUCGGGUUGUUGGGCCGAUGCCAUCUUUCGAAGGGUUCGGCCGUGACGACUUUGAGACGCUCUUGUCAUACGAACGCAUGAAGCGCUUGAUGCCAGCGGCUCAAGCAAUCAAGGGUGUCAAUAUCGUAGACAAAGCCAAUACUGCCUUGUCGUUCUCAAAGUUGUCGAACUUGAUCGCGCUGUCAUUGAAGUCGGACGUCCCCGAGGGCAUGUUCGAUUCUGCUCCUCCUGCUCGAGCAGACGUCUUUAGUGGCUGGACUGGCUCACACACCCUUAUAGAGCGUGGUGAUCCCGAGUCCGCAACUAUUCAGAUUGUUGCGGCUGUUGAUCCUGCGUCUGAGACAGCUCAACGUUGGGUUCCUAUUCUCAAAGUCCUCUCCGAGCUCACCGGUGUCCAUCUGCGCCUGUACCUGAACCCCAAGGAGAGGUUGGACGAGCUACCUGUAAAGCGUUUCUACCGACAUGUGUUGGAGUCAAAGCCUAGAUUCGACACGCAUGGCUCCCUUGAAGGCACCCUGGCCCACUUUGAAGGUCUUCCCGCAGACGCUCUUCUUACAAUGGCCAUGGACAUGCCGCCUGCAUGGCUUGUUGCACCCAAGGAUAGUGUCCACGAUCUGGACAACAUCAAGUUGAGCUCGACUCAAGGCAGAGAUAUCGAAGCAACCUAUGAGCUCGAGAGUAUCCUGAUUGAAGGUCACUCGAGAGAUGUCACCAUCGGUACUGCACCUAGAGGAGCUCAGCUUGUGCUGGGUACGAACAAAGAUCAGCAUUUUGCCGAUACUAUCAUCAUGGCGAACCUGGGCUACUUCCAGUUCAAGGCUAAGCCUGGCUUCUACAACCUCACAUUACAAAAGGGAAGGAGUGAGGAGAUCUUCAAAAUCGACAGUGCCGGAACUCUAGGCUACAGUCCCCAAACAGGCGACGAGAUGACUGAGAUUGCUCUUACCAGCUUCCGAGGCGCUACCAUCUUNCCCCGCCUCUCUCGCAGAUCCGGUAUGGAGGAUGAAGACGUUCUUGAGAGUGCCAAAACAACGACCGACCACAUCACCGACAAGGCCGAUAAGAUUCUCGCCAAGGUUGGGCUCGGUAGCGUAAAAUCUGGCGAAGUCCUUUCCAAAGCCCAGAAGUUUGGUUCUGGCCUGCUUUCCGGAUCGUCUGGAUCUACCACUGACAUCUCGACUUUGCCCCAUGCCGACAUCAACAUCUUCUCGGUUGCUUCUGGCCACCUCUACGAGCGUAUGUUGAAUAUCAUGAUGCUUUCGGUCACAAAGCACACCUCGCACACCGUGAAGUUCUGGUUCAUCGAACAGUUCCUCUCUCCAUCCUUCAAAGCCUUCCUCCCCAUCAUGGCCGAAGAAUACAACUUCCGCUACGAAAUGGUAACCUACAAAUGGCCACACUGGCUGCGCGGCCAGAAAGAGAAGCAACGCGAAAUCUGGGGCUACAAGAUCCUCUUCCUGGACGUCCUGUUCCCGCUGGAUCUCGACAAAGUCAUUUUUGUAGAUGCAGACCAGGUUGUCAGGACAGACAUGUAUGAGCUUGUCACUUAUGAUUUGCAAGGUGCUCCAUAUGGCUUCACACCCAUGUGCGACUCUCGCACCUCGAUGGAAGGCUUCCGCUUCUGGAAGCAAGGGUAUUGGAAGAACUUCCUCCGCGGGCUGCCUUACCAUAUCUCUGCGCUUUACGUUGUCGAUUUGGUAAAAUUCCGUCAAAUGGCUGCCGGAGAUAGGCUCCGUCAACAGUACCAUCAGCUUUCCGCAGACCCCAACUCCUUGUCCAAUUUGGAUCAGGACCUGCCGAAUCAUAUGCAGCAUGUAUUGCCCAUCCACAGUUUACCGCAAGAGUGGCUGUGGUGCGAGACUUGGUGUUCGGACGAAACGCUGGGUGUUGCGCGUACCAUAGACCUCUGUAACAAUCCUCAGACCAAGGAACCUAAGCUUGAGAGGGCGAGAAGACAGGUACCCGAGUGGACAAUCUAUGACGAUGAGAUUGCAGCACUGGCGCAGAGGAAGGUUGGAGAGGGUAAGAGUCCCAUCGCUGGUAACGCCAAUGGUGCCGGCAUUCAAGCAGAGAUGCAGGAGCAGGAUGCCAGGAAGCAGAAAGAAGAAAACGAGAAGAAGAAGGAAAAGCAAAAGGGACACGACGAGUUGUAG